AUGAGGGCGCCCUUGACGGAGACCAGGGACUACAUUCUGGUGCACGGAUUCGCCUACAACGACUACAUCUCGGAGCUGACCAAGCCCAGUGACAUCGGCAAGCCCCAGUUCGGUGCCGAUCUGAACAAGGCCUUCGCCAACACUUACUUCAACACCAGGCAGUUCCUCAUCGACGGCUUCGGUCUCACCGAAAGGGAGUCCAUCAGCGUCAUGAGCACCAGCGUCGACUUUGGUGUGACCCAGGUCGUCGACUCCAACUGGGGCGCCCACGGCAUCAUCUACAAGUCGGUCUUCUCCAAGAAGACCAGCCCCGCCGGGGGGAUCCCCCUCAUGUCCAGCAAGCGCAAGCUGCUCGAGUCCGCGGCCGCGGCCGCGGGCGAGGAGGCGUACCCCGACAUGAUCCAGAUGAUGGAGGAGGCGCUCGCCCAGCGCGCCGCCGACGCGCGCGAGCUGUAG